UAUAUUAAAUAAUUAUAGUAUUUGUAUAAUUUGUCAGUUAAAUAAUUAUAUACGUUCUUGUUAUUAUAUUAAUAAAAGUAAUAAUAUUCAUAAUUUAAAAAAUUAUAAUAAGAGUGGUAAAAACUGUAGUAAUUUAAGCGAAAAUAAAUUGAAAUGCAUGCAAAUGUGACUUCGGAUCGUGGUGGUGGUGGUGGCGGUGGUUCAUGGCGUCUGCCACCUGAUGAAACAUUACAAGUGCAAGAUCCAAAACAAAAGAAAGAAGAUGAUUUUCCAGAUGAAGGGCAUAAUUGGAGUAGUAUUGUAUUAUCGUUAUUAGUUAUUGGUGUCGUUAUAGCUGGUAUUGUUACUGCAAUUUAUAUAUUAGGUUACGUCGAUGAACUAUUAUAUUGGUCUGGCAGACGUAUGAUAUUAGAUGAAUAUUUACAAGGUGAAAUAACACCAAAACGCUUAGAGCCAGCAUGGGUUACAACAACAAAAUAUAUAUUUCAAUCAGAUGAUGGUGGUUUAGCCGUAUUGGACACUGCCAAUAUAUCUGUUUCAAAUCUAGUUACAAAUCAUACAUUAAGGCAAUUAAAUGUUAUGGGUUAUCAAGUAUCAUAUGAUCUGAAAUACGUUUUAUUUAAACAUAAUGUUAAAAAGAUUUAUCGAAAAUCAUUUAGUGCACUUUAUACAAUUUACGAUGUAGAAAAUGAUCAUCAUAUGCCAGUUCGAUUGAAAAACUCACCAAAAGUACAAAGAUCAAGAUUACAAUACGCAACUUGGAUAGGAAAUUCAACUUCAUUAUUAAUUGUAGCCGAUAAUGACAUUUAUUUGAGACAAUCGCCUUCCAACGAGGAAGAUAUUCGAAUAACAGAUACAGGAUAUGAUAAUAUUAUUUAUAAUGGUAUUACUGAUUGGUUGUACCAAGAAGAAAUUUUUGAAAAAUCUGAUGCAGUAUGGCCAUCACCGGACGGUACACAAUUUAUGUAUGCGUCGUUUAAUGAUUCUAAAGUUGGUACAAUGACAUUUCCAUGGCUAGCAUCUGGGGCAAUUAUUACUGCAAGCGGUAUGAAUUCUGGUAGUUCUUUUCCAGAAACACGUAACGUCAGAUAUCCAACACCGGGCACUACUAAUCCCGAAGUAACAAUAUAUAUUGUAAAUAUAACGGACGUCGAUCAAAUAACUAAAACAAUAAUAAAACCCCCAUCAGCUUUAGAUGGACAUGAAUUUUACAUAACAUCGGCUGGUUGGGUCACAGAAAUCAGUAAUCAAAUUUCUGUUGUAUAUUUAAGUAGAUCACAAAAUUUUAGUAUAAUUUCCACAUGUUUUGCACCGCAAUGGAAUUGUUUCGAGACGCAUUCCGAACGUGCACCCGAAGAUGAAUGGUUAGACAUAGUACCGCAUCCAGUUUUUUCACCAGAUGGGGAUAGUUUUUUAACACUAGCUAGUAUACAAGAAACUGGUACAGAACAUUUUACUCAUAUCAAACAUGUUACAAUAACACAACAGAGAAUAUCUGUGAUUUCUCAUGGUCGAUACGAGCAAGUCGCUGUUAUUACGCAUGGCCGAAACCAGGUCCAAAAAAUUCUAAGUUGGGAUACAAAAAAUCAUCUUGUUUAUUAUUUGGCAACUGUUGAUAAAAAACCGGGGCAACGGCAUCUCUAUGUUGUUAAGGACCCAACGGCUGGAGAAGAAAGCCGAAAAAGCGAGCCUCAGUGUAUUACCUGUGAUCUUGGUGAUGUAUUAUGGAGUAGUCGUUAUUAUUACAUAAAUUGUUCCCAUUUUGAUGCCUUUUUACGUCCAACGUCUUCCAUAUCCACUGAAUUUGGUGUUGAUUAUUAUGUUUUAGAAUGUCAAGGACCUGGCUUACCAGUGUCAUGUGUCCAUUCUGCUCAUAAUCAUACGCUUAAGAAAUUAUUAUAUGAUACACGACCGCAAUUUUCAAUGAAAUUACGUGAAUUAGCACUACCAACACACAGAUCUUUUGAAAUUGCAUUAUCACAUGGAAGUAGGGCACAUGUACAAUUACUUUUGCCGCCAAGUUGGCGUGAGGAACUUCGAGAUGCGGCAUUUCCAGUGCUCGUGGAAGUGAAUGGGCGUCCAGGAUCUGAACAAAUAUCAGAAAAACUAAUUGUAGAUUGGGGAACCUACAUGUCCUCGCGUAACGAUGUAAUUUAUAUUCGAUUAGACGUUAGGGGCUCGAAAGGCCAGAGCAAAAAAGCCCUUUAUAGGCAUAUAGGUGGAGUAGAGGUUCAAGAUCAAAUAGCCGCUGUACAGUAUCUAUUAGAUACUUUAAGUUUUCUAGAUGAAACUCGUGUUGCUUUAUGGGGUUGGGGCUAUGGCGGUUAUGUGACAACAAUGGUACUAGGUUCACAACAAAACGUAUUUAAAUGUGGAAUUUCUAUUUCACCUAUAGCAGACUGGUUGUUUUACAAUUCUGCAUUUACAGAACGUGUUUUAGGUCUUCCAGCUGAAAAUUACAAAGGUUAUGUUGAAGCGGAUGCAACACAACGUGCUCGUCAUAUUAAAUCUCAUUCUUACUUCUUAAUGCACGGUUUAGCAGAUUCCUCAGCGCCUUAUGUUCAUGGCAUACAAAUAGCUAGGUCAUUAUACGAAAGCGGUGUUUUAUUUCGAUAUCAAGCAUACGCUGAUGAAGGUCAUGAUUUAACAAAUGUGUUAGAACAUGUUUAUCGCUCGAUGGAAGAUUAUCUAGCAGAUUGUUUAAGUCUCGAUACAGAAGAAAGUAAACCUGAUGCAGCCGAUAUACAUGAAUAAAACCCUACAUUUUAUUGAAAUUAGCGAUGAUUUAUUAUUAAUUAAAAAUAAAAAAAAAUAGCUCAAAAUAUAUUAAUUAAUUAAUAUUUUAAUUUAAUAAAAAUUAUAUUGAA